AUGUCUGAAUAUACGUCUAAUUCUAAUUCUGAUUUUGAAGAAUUUUUUGAUUCGACUAAUAACAUUUCUGCUGUAUUUGGAAAGAAUCUUGAUGUUUGGGAUAUUGAUUGGGAUAUUAGUAAAAUAAAGAAUAUUUUCAAAUUAAGGAAUGUGCAAUAUUCAUUGGGAGAUCCUGGAAAAAUGUCAAGUUUAAAAAAUCAUACUUUUUUAGGUGUCUCUUGUAAAAGAGAAUUUAGAACUUGCCAAGCUUUAACAUUUGCAAGAGUUUUUACUAAUGUAGAAACUUCUGAUGCAUAUAAGCAUAUAUUUUAUGAAGUAUUUUCUACUAUUGAAAAGGAUAAUAGAAAAGAAAUUAAAUUUAGUUAUUUAAAUUCAAAUUCUAAUGGUAUAGGUUGUAUUAUAGCUGAUGCUCAUAAAGAUCAAGCUAUUGGUCUUUAUAAGUUUUUACAUAAAAAAUAUCCAAAUGGAACUUCAUUAUCAUUAUUUGCAGCAAUUAAAAAAGCUGGAGAAUUUGAUAAUAGAGAAUAG